CAAAAACUAAAGAAGGGAGUAUCGAAGACAGAGAGAACGAGAUCAGAAAGAGAACUAAGGGGGGUCUUCAAUUUUGUAAUUCAGAAAAAUAUUUGAAAAAAAAGGGAAAAAUCAAAAUGCCAAGCAAAUUAUGAAAUGAAGACGCGAAGAAGAAGCUACAUGGGUUGCUACGAACAAGUGAAAGGAAUAAUAUAAUUAAAAGCCCAGAAUUUGCUGAUUAGUUUCCGUUGAAUCGGAAUUGGAGGAGCUUCAACAAGAGCUUGUUGGUGUUGUAUGGAUUUUCUGUGUUGAAGAGAGGGGGAGACUGAGAUGCAACCACCACAUCAGCAUUCACGGAUCAAUCUGGCAGAAAUGAAAGCUCAAAUACUGAGGAAACUCGGGCUGGAGGGAUCCAAGCAGUAUUUUUAUUACUUGAAUAGGUUCUUGGGUUUGAAGUUAAGCAAGGUUGAAUUUAGUAAGCUUUGUCUUAGGAUUCUUGGGCGGGAGAAUAUUCCACUGCAUAAUCAGUUCAUUCGUUCGAUUUUGAAAAAUGCUUGUAGUGCAAAGGUUCCACCACAGGUGAGUCAUGAGGAUGAAGUUCUGAAGCAUGCUACUCAAGUUAGUAACAAGGAAAUUCCUAGCAAUGGUCAGCAGAAUGGGUCCCAUGCUGCUAUAACUCAGGCUACUGGUUCACUGGGAUUGUCAAAUGGGGGUGACAUGUUGAUAGUCUCACCUCGAAAGGCCCGGACAUUGUUUCGUGAUCGGAAGACUGGUGAACGUCGUGGUGCACUUGGGCCUAAUGGGAAGACUAGUUUUGCUUCUCAGCAAUUGUCAGCAACUCAGUCUAGCGAUUUCAAUGCCAUUUAUGAGAAUGGACAUUUGGAUCCACCUGAUAUUGGAAAGCUAGUGCAUUGUCAAGGACUCAAGCAGCAAGCAGAAAAUGAAAGGGAGUUUUUGGGUCCCCACCCCACGAAAUUGUCUGAAGUAAACGGAUCAUCAGAUUAUCCAGUUUCUGUACAUAACAAGCACCAGACCCAAUUGUUAGUUAGAGAUGACAGGAUAGAGGUUUCUGCUAGAAGUCAACUUCGAGCUCCACUUGGGAUUCCACUAUGCCCAGUUAGCAUUGGUGGGGCACACAGAUCACUGCCUCUCAUUAGUAGCAGUAGAUGUACUAGUACAUUUGAUGAUGGUUCUUUGUUGGAUAGUCUAACAUUAAGGGAACGAAUGGAGCACAUCACUUCAGCACAGGGUCUUGAAGGGGUGUCAGUGGAAUGUGCCAAUAUAUUGAACCUUGGUUUGAAUUCUUACAUGAAGCAUUUAAUAAGUUCUUGCAUUGAACUUGUGGGGGUUAGAUCAGGGGACAAGCUAACAAUGAACGAUAGGCAAAAGAAUCAAACUUGUAUGAAGCUUGUAAAUGGUGUCAGACCAGGGCAUCAAUAUCAGGUGCAAGGUAGCGGUAGGCCUUUGGAAGUGCAAGAACAUAGAACGUGUUGCCCGAUUUCUUUGCAGGAUUUUAGGAUUGCCAUGGAGCUGAAUCCGCAGCAACUUGGUGAAAACUGGCCAUUGCUGCUGGAGAAAAUAUGCACACAUACAUUUGAAGAAUAACAUGGAGCUCGGAUUUGUUGUUUUUCCAGUGGUUGUAUCUUAUUCCUUUGGAUCAUAACUCAUAAGUCAUCUGAUACAUUGUUGUUCUUCUCGUCCCUAUAGUGACGUUAAAUAUGGUGAUUUCUCAUUCAGGGCCUUUUGAUUUAGAGCUCUAAAGUGAAACUACAUCUAUUGCAAGAUGACGGGCCAGAGCAGAUAAUCUUUAUUUCAUUCUAUUAAAGGGCUCGUCUUCAUUUGGAAUUGCUCCAUCAUCAGCAACCUGAUUUGGUUCCACUGUUUUACAAUUAGCACUGUCCUCACUUCACAUUUUUCUUCUUUCUCCUGAAAUUGCAGUCACCGAGAAAAUUUAGAUCAUUUUUGCACAAAUAAUGUGUAGAUCAGUGCUUUAGCAAAAAAGUGGGAUUGCAUGAUGCAAUAGUCAUGUGCAUGUACCUUCAACAUUAAUAUUGAUUGGAAUCUCAAUAUUAACAUGUUUUCCUCA